AUGCCAACUAUGUUAGAUCGAGCAAUGCACUCCAAGAACCUUUUCCUAGGGUUUGCCGGAAUGGUCGCAGCUGCGGCUGCCUGGUCCAUCUGGGGUAGCGACAUGUUCCCUACAGAAUCAGAUCCAACAGGGGAUCCUGCCAACUGGACUAUCGAUGAAAUGCGAAGAUGGCUUCAUGUUAGAGGGUUCUUGCCGAAUGAAAAUGCCUCGCGUGAAGAGCUGCUCGAACGGGUCAAGGCGAACUUGCGUGUACCACCGAAGACCGGAAGCUCAUAG